GAGCACCAUCUCCAGCGGGCCAUCUCGGCGCAGCAGGUAUACGGCGAGAAGCGGGACAACAUGGUCAUCCCCGUCCCCGAGGCAGAGCGCAACAUCACGCACUACGAGUCCCUCUACCCCGGGGAGUUCAAGAUGCCAAAGCAGCUUAUUCACAUACAGCCUUUCAGUUUGGAUACAGAGCAGCCAGACUACGACCUAGAUUCAGAGGAUGAGACGUUUGUGAAUAAGCUGAAGAAGAAAAUGGAAAUCACAGCCCUGCAGUUUGAAGAAAUGAUAGACCGACUGGAGAAAGGCAGUGGACAGCAGCUCGUCAGUCUCCAGGAGGCCAAGCUGCUGCUGAAGGAGGACGACGAGCUGAUCAAGGAGGUGUUCGACUACUGGAGCCGCAAGAGGAAAACCUGCAAGGGUGGUUCCCUCAUCCCCAACGUCAAGCAGGAGAAGAGGGAUGGCUCUAGCACCAGCGACCCCUAUGUGGCCUUCCGCCGACGGACGGAGAAGAUGCAGACCAGGAAGAACCGAAAGAACGACGAAGCGUCGUACGAGAAGAUGCUGAAGCUGCGCAGGGACCUGAGCCGAGCUGUCACCAUCCUGGAGAUGAUCAAGAGGAGAGAAAAGAGCAAGAGGGAACUGCUGCAUCUCACACUGGAGAUUGUGGAGAAGAGGAAUGCAAUGCCAGACUUUGGCAGCGAGGUGAUGGCAGAGGCACUUGCGCAGCGAGCUCUGGUGAAGCCCGUCUACACCAUCCCCAUCAUUCCCCUGUCCAACAGUAACCAGUACAGACACCAGGACCACUUGGAUAUGAAGGACUACAAGAAACCGGAGAAGACGGAGGCAGUGAGAACCAAAAGGAAUUAUGUAAGGAAACCCAAGAUCCCACCUCUGUCAGCACCUCAACAUUCAGGGCCCUCUGUGUUCAAUCCCAAGGACCUCAACCAGUAUGAUUUCCCCAGCUCAGACGAAGAACCCUUCUCACAGAUCCAUUCAGGUUCCUCAGAGGCAGAAGAGGAGAAUGACCCAGAUGGCUGCUAUGCGUUCAGGAGGAAGGCGGGCUGUCAGUACUACGCUUCUCGUCCGGAUCAGAGUGGCAACUGGCCCUGGGUAAGCCCGUCAGAGGGCGGGCUCGGCGACCCUCGCUUCCGCUACUGUCUGACCUCGCUGAACAUGCCACGGCGCUGCAUAGGUUUGGCACGGCGCCGCGUGGGCAGAGGGGGCAGGGUCUUGUUGGACCGAGCGCACGCAGAUCUAGACAGCAUCUGUCAGAGCCUGGACUCUGACCCGGAGCCCGAACCACUCGCCUCACCACUUCCAAGUUCUCCGCUCCGCAACUCCAACGCCAGUACCUCAGAAACCAAUACCUCGGACCCAACCAGCUCCUCCCACCUCCCCUCCUCUUCAUCACUCCCGUCGUCGUCAUCGCCAACACCUAUGGACCUCAGCCAGAUUCUUUUGAACAUUAAAACUUGCCGCUGGAGGCACUUCAGACCACGGACGCUAUCCCAUCACCCCUUGGGUGUAGGAGACUUGUCUCGCAGAGGAUUUAGGGAUUUUAGCCGGACAGCGUCAGGACUAACCCGGACCCCGUCUGGAGGAGCCAGCUCCCAGAACCGCACCGGCCCCGCCCCCACGCCUGUCAACGGUGAGUCAGUGGUUUGCUCACACAUGCUGCUCAGUGUUUGCUUUGGCAUUGUAUCCUGAACGAAGGCUUUGGCACCACAAGGAGCAAAUCUCAUAGUUUUCAUAAGCUACGAGUUCAGUGACUGGCAGUGAUUUCUGGGAGGACGUUUAUUUCUAUAUUAUCACCCUGUGCUGUGCUUCAGUCACAUACAGUCUUCAUUGUGAAACAGCUGUUACCAGAUGUCAAUAUCCUUUCUUCUUCGAUUGCUCGUAUUUAUUUGAGGUGAUGGUUUUAGACAGUUCUUUUAGGUUGUUUUAGAGAUUGAUUGUUUUUGUGGGAACUUUCACUCCUUCUUUUAUUGUGACAUUCUGUUUUUGUGCCGUCUCAUCGGCCUUCUGCUGGUCUGUGUUCACCAUGACACUCACAAAGCGUCCUGACCACUAACCGGGAGGUUUUCCUGGUUACUGUUUUAGAAGGGUUAGGGUUGUGUGCUAAGCAGGAAAUGUUCUUUGACAGUAUAUGUGCACUGUACAUAGCCAGAUGGGAUUAUCUCUCUUUGCAUUGAUGUCACAACCCCGUUAAUCAAAUACUGCAAUGACACUGUGCUCACUGAUCAGCAACGUUAUCAAUUAUAGCCGAAUACAACCAGAGGGAUUUUAAAGGUGCAGUGAGUCUUCGUUAUGUUUGCAGUCAGUGUUUAACAGAAGGUUGUGUUUAUCCUAAAGGGUUAACACGCCAGAUUAAUGCAUCCUCUUUCUCACAAAACAAUGAUGAUUUCAUUUUUUGUUUUGUUUCCAUCCAUGUCUGCGAGCUUGCGGUCUCUUCUUCCUCUUUGCCUUUGUUGACACAUUGCUCUACUUUUUUGCAGAUCAAAACAACUGUCAAUUAGUAGGGUGGUGUUAAACAGUGUGCACGCAAUGCAAAUGAAACCAACAAAUCACCUGUCGCCACUAGUGGUCACUCCACAGUGUACCUUUUUUAAAAUGAGCUAAAUAAUAAAAUAAGUAAUGAACUACCUUGGUAUAAAUAGUACAGCAAAAUCUCUUUGUGUGUCAAGUUUCUGUGGCCUCAUGGGACAUACUGUCACAUUGCCCAGCCCCAGUGGAGGAUUAAUAAAUAAAUAAGGACAGCCUCAAAGUGUCACGUAUAUAGAUAGAUAGAGCUCAGCCAGAUGGCGUGGUAGGAAACGCUGCCUGCUUUGACCAUAAGAGGAUCCUUCCUGUCAGACUUCAGCUCCUCAUCUCUCAGCGCAGAAAACAAAAAGCCAGAGAACUGCCUUUGUGGCGUGCGUGGGGAGGGCUGUGAUAGAUAAAUUCCUCCAUGCAUAAAUUGAUGCGAGGAGCCGUUGUUGAAUUGAUUUUGUGCACGUGAAUAUUCAACGGUGAGGAAAAACAAAGUUGGACCUAAAAGCCAGCUCGUUGUUUAGUCGAGGCUCCUCCGCUCUGCUGUAACACUUCCUGAUGAGGCACCUCAAAGGUGGAUCCCAUGCUGCUGGUAAAUGACACAAACCUUCUGCUUUCAACCCUCUCUCCAUAUUAUAAUCCAUUAAUUCCUGCUCCCAUGGCUUGGGGGAGUCCAUUAGAAAGUCUCGUAUGAAUAGAUUUCUGAGCGGUUCUGCAGUGAGUCUGGGCUUGUGGCUGCGUAGAGGGGUAACUUGGUGAAUAUUUAAGCCACACCGGGCUGGCUAAGGAUCACAGUAGACUGUCGAGUAAAUGACCAGAGGGUAUGAAUGCAUCAGAAACCAGCCUCACCUGCCUCACCUGCCUCACCUGCCUCCAGCUGUCUGCUUCCAAUCUGUUGAUACUUGGGCACGUGUAAGAUGAAACAAAUGUGGCUGUUUAGUUUUGCUCUGUUGUAUUGGUGUCAGUGUAGUCAGCACUUAUGGAUUUUCUACACACAUCUGGAUGUAUAAAAACCUCCUUUGGGCGAUGUCACAUCUGGCACGAACGUGUGUGUGAUAAUUGUUAGGUGUGUUUUUGUUAAUGCGAACUUGCCGUGUAACUGUUUGCUAGUGUCGUUGCUGGACGUACUGCUAAUUGAACAGUAAGUAGUGUCCUGCUCAGGGUCUGCAGUUGAAAGCAGUGAAGAAGAGAACGUAUAUGUACGCCUGUAUUCUGUCCUCUUCGUGAUCGAUGUGUGUGUUUGGUGAAAUAAUAAAUAGUCGCCAACCUUGAGGGUUAUUUCAGUAAUUAAAGUGAAAUGAGGUUGGGAAAAAAAAUGAGUUGUAGCGUAUACCCACAGCAUAGAGUCAUGAGUGGGCGUUGCUUUGUUUUAGUGGGUUUCUACACAGAGUCAUUUAUCUCAGCACAUUGAGUUAGGCAUUCAGUAUUUCUCUUCCUUCCCCCUCUGUAGUUGGAGCAGCUCAGUUCCUGCUGU